AUGAAAGAAGCGACAAAGGCACGUGCUCCGAACGAGGUGACGGCCGUGGAAACAAGUGAUAUCGACGUACCUCGUUGGCGUCCGCUCUUGCAUCAUAACGAGCCACAAUUAGGGUAUGCAGGGGUCAGGCUUCCGUCGCACAACCCGGUUGUACCUACGCGCCAUCUUCGCUUCGGCGCAAGUUGCAAGCCACCUGUACCUGAGGACACUGGUUCCGUGCAUGACAAGAUCUAUGAACAACUAUCCAAAUAUGGCGCUGUGGAUUUCUUGAGCAGCAUGCUCGAUACUCUGCGGCAGCAUCGCCGAUCUCGCAAUCAUAUUGCUGAUGACAAGAGUGUGCAAUGGAAGCCUCUUGCCCAGCCUGCCGUAAGCGAGACCAUGCUUGAUAUGUACUCGCGUGAUUUGGCGAACCGAGAUGUGCCUUUUGCUACGGUCGCCCGUCGCCUUCCCCGUCGCAUUAGUGCUGAGAAGAUCCUAGAUCUUUUAUGGCGUGCGCCCAUGGGCUCAUCACCUUACAGUGUUCCAUUGCCGCGCGCUAUAUGGCUCAUACGUCAUGAGUGCUCACUUGAUAUCCAGGAAGCACAGGAACGCGGCGACAAUGCUGAUCAAUGUAUAUACGAGUGGAAUCAUUCAGUGUUGCAAUGGCUACAGCAGUCCCUGGACUCACUGCCUACCAGCGAAGACCAACGCCACGUGUGGGCGCAUCGCUGGGACUACGCCACCGCCCUUGUUCACAGCCUGAUGCAUGCGCAGCUUCUGGAGCCAUAUAUAUUUUAUCGUUGGAUUGUCACGCAACUGGACGUGGUGCGCGGUGCGCCACGCGCCUGUGUCGCCCAAUUAGCGAUGAUCCAUAUGGAGGAUAUACUGACACAUGCAGCACUUGGAACAGCGCUUGUUACCGCCCUUGCCCGUGUCGCUGAAUCAUCAUUUCCUUGGCUUAGGCAGCAAUCGCACGCAAUGCUAUUCCACUGUGCGCGCCUACAACCACAUGCGUUGGCACACGCACGCUCGUUUUUGAACGAUUCGCGUGUCUUGUCGCAGUACUUGACACAGGAGCGUGUGUGUAAGAAAGCGGAGCUCUUGCCGACUGCUCUCUUUCCUCUUUUGCCGCAUUACGAAGCUUGGGAUGUUGCUGCGGUGCGAGCUCUUGACUCACAGACAAGCGUUUCAUCUACGUUUAUCGCCUUUUUUCUCCCACGAGAGGCGACUACGGAGGCGUUCGUGAAGCAGCGUCUGCAUAUUUUGUAUGAAUGGUCUUGUGUGCACAAGCACUGUGGCUCGCAUUCAGGUAUGCACCGCGCAUUUAUCGCUACAGCGCUAGUUCGCUUACUAGACGAGUGCCAAUCACAGCGACUUGCGUCAUCUGAUGGCCGCAUGAUACCCUGUCCAUGGAAACCCAUCUCGAUUCCAGAAGUUACCCUCCAAUGGACAGACAAACUUGUCUCCGCGUCAGAGUUGAAUCUUGUCGCCGCUGCACGUCUGUUAGGCUCGCUUGCAGAAAUCAAUAUGUUUUCCUACAUGCAGUUUCUUCAGCGAUUAUCGACGCGCGGCCUUGUCCGUUCGGGCACCGAGCCACGUCUGCACCAUCAUCGCUUGGACUCGCAUGAUCUCAUGCGUCUUUUGCGGAGUAUACCCACACACAGACUCACUGCUGCGCAGCAGCAGCAACGUCGCUUGGCUAUCUACGGUCCACGCCCCUCUGAGUCGUAUGAGGAGACGGUGGAGCGUCGUGCUAUUCGUGAGCUGCACCACGUAUUUCAUUGGCACAGCGACGUCCCAAAUGUGGCUCGUUCGCCGACCCAAGAUCCUCCUCGCUCAACUGUCACUUCGCCUGAUGCUUAUUCCGCCAACUCGUUGUGUGCAUCGCCUACCCCAUAUCUAUCGCGCUCGACAGUAGCCUCGCCAAAUCCAUAUGUGCCGCGUAUCUCGGUCAUUUCACCAACUCUAGAAGCCAACGAGCUCGUUUCUCCGAAACCUGCGUCACCGGCGACGCCUUCAGAUCCGACAGCCGACAUUCUGGAGGCGUUCCAGCUGCGCACUCGUCUACCACAUCUAUGGAAUGCUUCACCUUACGUGCAAGCACGCAUUGUGAAUCGAUUUCUUUCGCCUAUGCUUUUUCACGAUCUAUCAGCAUUGAAUGCGGACCGUUUUGCACUUACAGCGUCGGUUCUGACAAAGAUUCAUGCGAUGCAGACUUUGGGUCGCUUGAUGUGCGCAUUGCUCGAUGGACAUAACCUGUCGUGCGUGAUUUCCAUCUGUCAUACAGUUGUUAUGUAUGCGCGCAUUUGGGACGCGCUCGAGAUUGCUCCUGAUUUGGUCGGACGUAUCGUCCCAUAUGCCAUUACAGAGCCCGUCAUCAAUUCCGAGAUCGAACGCGUCAUCUCUGUCGCCGGCCGUGGCAUGACUGUAGCAAUGGCACGGCGCGCACUCCAUGCAUUAGGGGAACUAGAUGUGUCCGUGCCAAACUAUGCGCCCAUGCCCCAAGCGCCUCUCGUCAAAGAGCCCGAUGCUUGUGCCGAGCAGCUGUUUGUUUCCUUGUGUCAUACCCAGCCAACACAGGCUUGCGUGCCAAUUGCCCAACAUGCUACUUUGGAUGAAACAGCUGCUCAUUUGCUCGUGUACGCAUUAGACAAACUCGCACAAAGUCCUACAUAUCCCCCUGCGGCCCUUUCGACGCUACUAGCGACACUCGCCGGCACGGUCGGCGUGCGUCUCGACGAGAAUGUGCACGCAUGGAUUCAUCGCACUUGGCGCCAGCCUAGUGCGCAUGCGACUUCGAGUAUGUGGAUCGUGCUGGUGGUAGGUCUCGUGCGACAUGGCUUCGUUCAUGCACCCGAGCUUCUUCAGCGAGUUAUAGCACCGUUCAUGGAGCAAGCUCCUGCGACCCACCCUGGCUGGGAUGCCUGCAUGUCGCUGUUGUUCUCGCUUGUGUUUACAUACACGGCUGAGCAACAUCCAUGUUCCAUCGACAUCCUGGGCGAGGCCGGCUGGUAUGAUGUGAAUCUUCUGCGAGCUGAUAUUGCUUAUACUGAUGGUUUUGUGCCCCUUCUCUCGGCACUCGACCUGUGCGAAACACCUCAUCGUUGGCAGUGCUGGAACGUGCUUUCGCACCAAGUGCCCAAGCUGCAUGCCUUGUGGAUGGCUCGGCCUGAUGCUAUUUGGCGCGGCACCCUUACUCUGCGAGGCAAAGACCGGUUUCAACGUGUGCGCCGUCUCAUACAUGUGUUGAUGGAGCAAGAACCUCGUGGCACCUUGCCUCAGCCACGUGCCGCCACGAUGACAUCGUCUCUUCAUGCACCGAGUCUGAAUGUCAACGACCUGUAUGAAGGCUCACUCGCGGCAUUGCAGUGGCGUCUCGUACUGGAAGAGGCCAAGGCAAUAACUGCAGAAGUUGGCCGGAUGCUUCUUGCUCCUCGCUCGAGUCAAGCCCCUAUUGAUCUCGUACUACAAUGGGAUGCGUCGCCACACAUCGUGUCUAUUCUGGCACAAUAUGCUCUUCACACAUUUGUACAAGCCAUUGAUACCCCACACCAUCUUCCUAAUGCCAUAUCUGGUCUUGCCCACCUCAUGUAUGCCUACCGGUGUGCAUCUCCCAUCAAAUGCGAUGCAAGUUUGGCCACACAGUCUGUACAGUGUCUCACGCGACUGCCGACGUCUCUGGCGCCCGUCUUGCGAGCAUCAGCAAUCCUCAGUGUAUUGCGGUGCGCCGCACGGGUUCAUUCUGACGCAUGGCUUGUCGUGCUUGCCAAUCUUUGUGAUGAAGCCCGGGACUCGCCUCUCGCUUCGACUGUUGCUGCGCACGUGCAAUGCUGGAUCGAUCCUACUGUGCUGGACACUUGGCUAAGGUCGAGGGUGUCUACCAACGAAGGAGAGGUAGAGAACACAGAUGCGGGAUCAGUCUCUAGCUUGCUCAGGUACAGCCGUGACAUCACAAGACUCCGAACCUGUUUGCCGGCAGACUUGGUGUCAUCGCCGUGGGAUUGGCAUGACCAAGUGUCUGAAACGCCAGCCGACGCAGUUCCUGCCGAUCCGUGGUCACAUUAUCUACACAACGGCACAUCAGUUCCUCUAUCUCUAUUCCACGCUCAGAAAACACGUGAUCGAGUGCCAAUCUGCGCAGAUGGACCGCCCACUCGACUGGUGUCUGAAACGUCGUACGGUGAUGGCGAUGACGCUGUGACACGUUACAAGCCCAUGACCAAUGUGCCAGUUCCUGAGCGCGGCCUCAAGGCCAAGGCAAAGAGGAGCAGCAGCCGAGGCGGCAGUGGUGGCAGUAUCAACCAUACGACGCCGACACCGGAGCAAGCCGCUCACCCUAGCUACGUUGCCAGUGCCAACCCUGAUGCCGGGGGGCGACCUAGUCCUGCCGCCAACAGCGACAAAGACCAGCCUGCCAAACGCGCCCGCAUAAAAAUUUAA